CGUUUUACGGGCAGCGGGGACAACUGAAAAGAUGUUAAAACAGAAAGAGGAAAAUAAAAUAAACCGUAUAAAAGCGUCAGUUGGUUUCCGUUUGACAUGUUUGCUGUGAGAAGCUCCUCCAUCCUUCUCUUCCGCGCCAUUAUUAACCCAAAAGUUUUUACAUUGCGUUAACGUGCUUCAUCCAAAACCCUAAUUCUUUCCCCCCAUUUCCCUCUAAAUUCCCAAUCUCAUUUCGAAGGCCCUAAACCAUUUCUUCUUUCGCUGCACCACAGAUAUGAUCACGGUCGUCCGUCGGGACCAAUCGUUGCACCGCCGCUGCCUCAAUUCCAGGCCGUCCGGCCAGAUCGUCGGCGAAUCGGGAGCCUAAAGUUCGGUGAUUCAAUCACAAUGUCUUGGGGAUUGGGAUGGAAGAGGCCCUCCGAGAUCUUCCAUCUCACUCUUAACUACGGCACGGAUGAACCUCCGGAGGAUCCUGGCCGUACAUCCUCGUCUUCUUCGUGCUCGUCAGUGUCGUCUGCUUCGGCGUCUUCGUCGCCUUCGCCUUCCAUAUUGUCUCAGGAUCAAGAACUGGGGUUUCGGAUUGAUUUGGAUUGGUCGGCCGGCGACGAUGAGGAUCAGGUCGCUCUUAGGCUCCAGUCGCAGCUCAUGGUUGCACUGCCGUUGCCGCAGGACACGGUGGUCGUGGAGUUCAGGAGCGGAGAGGAGGGACAAGAAGCGAAUGUGUGUGUGGAUAUGAAGGUGCUGAGGAGGAGAGAGCCGUUGAGGGCUGUGACCUUGUCCAAGACGACCGGCUCUGGCCAGCAGAACGAUGGCACUGGGGUUUUGACGCGAUUGUUGCGGUCGAGCCUUUCGUCGACAAUGCCGGGAGUCGGGGAUGGUGUGUCUGGUUGUGGCGAGCAUUGGAAGAGCGUCACUUUGCUCAAUCUUUGUGGCUGUGGCUUGUCGGUAUUGCCCAUAGAGCUCACUCGCUUGCCCAUUCUUGAGAAGCUAUACCUUGAUAACAACAGGCUAUCACUUUUGCCAUCUGAGCUUGGUGAGCUGAGAAGCUUAAAAGUGCUGAGGGUAGACUAUAACAUGUUGACUUCCGUACCUGUUGAAUUGAGACAGUGUGUCAAACUGGUGGAAUUGUCAUUGGAACACAACAAGCUUGUUCGGCCUCUCCUUGAUUUCAGGGCUAUGGCUGAGUUGAGGGUUCUUAGGUUAUUUGGUAAUCCUCUUGAAUUUCUUCCUGAAAUCUUGCCACUUCAUAAACUUCGCCAUUUGUCUCUUGCAAAUAUGAGGAUUGUGGCAGAUGAAAAUUUGAGAUCAGUGAACGUACAGAUAGAGAUGGAAAACAGUUCUUACUUUACUGCAUCUAGGCAUAAGCUGAGUGCCUUCUUCUCUCUUAUAUUUCGUUUUUCUUCUUGUCAUCACCCCUUACUAGCAUCUGCACUUGCAAAGAUAAUGCAAGACCAUGGGAAUCGUGUAGUUGUUGGUAAAGAUGAGAAUGCAGUGAGGCAGCUUAUAAGUAUGAUAACUAGUGACGACCGUCAUGUGGUUGAACAAGCAUGUUCUGCCCUUUCAUCUCUUGCUGCAGAUGUCUCCAUUGCAAUGCAGUUGAUAAAAUCUGAAAUCAUGCAACCCAUUGAAACAGUAUUGAGAUCUGUUUCAACGGAGGAAGUAAUUUCCGUAUUGCAAGUUGUGGUGAAGCUGGCUUUUGCAUCUGAUACUGUAUCUCAGAAGAUGUUGACCAAGGAUGUGCUAAAGUCAUUAAAAUUUUUAUGUGCCCACAAGAACCCUGAGGUGCAAAGGUUAGCUUUGUUAGCAGUUGGAAAUUUGGCCUUUUGUUUGGAGAAUCGCCAGCUUCUGGUUACUUCUGAAAGUUUGCGGGAGCUUUUGUUGCGCUUGACAGUUGCACCUGAGCCACGUGUGAACAAAGCUGCAGCUCGUGCCUUGGCAAUUCUUGGGGAGAAUGAAAAUCUACGACGUGCUAUAAGGGGAAGGCAGGUGCCAAAGCAAGGACUACGCAUACUGUCAAUGGAUGGUGGUGGUAUGAAAGGGUUGGCAACUGUGCAAAUUCUUAAAGAAAUUGAGAAGGGCACUGGAAAACCGAUACAUGAGUUGUUUGACCUUAUAUGCGGCACAUCAACUGGUGGCAUGCUUGCUAUUGCCCUUGGUGUUAAGCUAAUGACAUUAGAUCAAUGUGAAGAAAUAUACAAAAAUCUCGGAAAACUUGUCUUUGCUGAACCUGUACCAAAGGACAAUGAAGCUGCAACUUGGAGGGAGAAGUUGGAUCAGCUUUAUAAAAGUUCAUCACAAAGUUUUAGGGUUGUUGUACAUGGAUCUAAACACAGCGCAGAACAUUUUGAAAGGUUGUUGAAGGAAAUGUGUGCUGAUGAAGAUGGAGACCUGUUAAUAGAGUCUGCAGUCAAAAACAUUCCCAAGGUUUUUGUUGUGUCAACUUUGGUGAGCGUUAUGCCUGCUCAGCCUUUUGUAUUUCGCAAUUAUCAGUACCCUCCCGGAACACUAGAAGUGCCUCUCUCAAUUUCAGAAAGUUCAGGAAUCACCAUACUAGGAUCACCUACUAUAGGUGCUCAAGUUGGCUAUAAGCGCAGUGCUUUUAUAGGAAGUUGUAAGCAUCAAGUAUGGCAAGCUAUAAGAGCAUCAUCUGCUGCUCCCUAUUAUCUUGAUGAUUAUUCAGAUGAUGUAAACCGUUGGCAAGAUGGUGCAAUAGUGGCGGACAAUCCUACAAUUUUUGCCAUAAGAGAAGCACAACUUCUAUGGCCAGACACAAAAAUUGACUCCCUAGUUUCAAUUGGUUGUGGUUCAAUUCCAACAAAGGCACGAAAAGGUGGUUGGCGCUACUUGGAUACUGGGCAAGUGUUGAUUGAGAGUGCAUGCUCUGUGGAUCGGGUAGAGGAAGCUUUAAGCACAUUGCUUCCUAUGCUUCCUGAAAUACAGUAUUAUCGAUUUAAUCCAGUUGAUGAACGAUGUGAUAUGGAACUGGAUGAAACUGAUCCAGCAGUUUGGCUGAAAUUAGAAGCUGCAGUUGAGGAAUACAUCCAAAACAAUUCUGUUGCCUUUAAGGAUGUCUGUGAGAGGCUACUGUUGCCUUUCCAACAAGAUGAAAAAUGGUCCGAGAAUUUGAGGUCUCAACAUUUUCUCAAGACAAAGGCUUCAAGUUCUGGUGAGAAAAGUCCAUCUCUAGGUUGGAGGCGUAACGUGCUACUAGUUGAAGCUUCCCAUAGUCCAGAUUCUGGACGUGUUUUGCACCAUGCUCGUGCAUUAGAGUCAUUUUGUGCCCGUAAUGCAAUACGGUUAUCUCACAUGCAAGGAAUAGUAGGAUUCGUGAAGACGGUGCCAGCAACAAAAUUUCCAACACCAUUUGCUUCGCCUCUGUUUACAGGAAGCUUCCCAUCAAGCCCUCUUUUAUUCAGUCCUGAUUUUGGACCACAAAGGGCUGGUCGGAUUGAUUUAGUCCCACCUUUAAGUUUAGAUGGUCAUUCUGCAAAGGCAACCACAUCACCACCAAAGUCUCCUUCAGGACCCAGACAGCUCUCUUUACCUGCUCGGUCAUUGCAUGAGAAGUUACAGACUUCACCACAAGUAGGCAUUAUACAUUUGGCUCUUCAAAAUGAUUCACUUGGUUCAAUAUUAAGUUGGCAGAAUGAUGUUUUUGUGGUUGCUGAACCUGGGGAGCUUGCAGAGAAAUUUCUACGGAGUGUUAAACUGAGCUUUACAUCAGUGAUGCAGAGCCGUCGCAUAAAGGAUGCAUCACUUGCAAAUAUUUCUACUAUUUCUGAUUUGGUUGCAUGUAAGCCCCACUUCCAAAUUGGAGGCAUUGUCCAUCGAUAUAUUGGACGCCAAACCCAAGUUAUGGAGGAUGACCAAGAAAUUGGAGCAUACUUGUUUCGUAGAACAGUCCCUUCUAUGCACCUAACACCUGAUGAUGUUCGUUGGAUGGUUGGAGCUUGGAGGGACAGGAUCAUCAUUUGCACAGGAACGUAUGGGCCUACCCCUACAAUGGUUAAAGCAUUUUUAGAUUCUGGUGCCAAAGCUGUUAUAUGUUCUUCAGUUGAGCCCCCAGAAAUGCAGCUGACAACGAUCCAUGGAUCUGGGGAGUUCAGUGCUUUUGAAAAUGGGAAGUUCGAGAUAGGUGAGGAAGAAGCUGAAGAUGAAGAUGCUGAACCAGCCAGUCCGGUGAGUGAUUGGGAAGACAGUGACCCUGAGAAAAAUGGGGAUCACCCUACGGGUAUUUGGGAUGCAGAUGAGGAAGAAAUGUCGCAUUUUGUUUGUCAAUUGUAUGAAUCGCUGUUCCGGGAGGGUGCAUCUGUGGACAUUGCUCUACAACAUGCUCUUGCCUCACAUCGGAAGUUGAGAUACGUAUGCCAUCUACCCUGUACACAGUAGUUUGUUAGAUAAGAAUCCGGUAUAGACAAAUGAAAAUUAAAACAAAAAAGUACAGUUGAGAGAGAGAGAGAGAGAGCAUAAGUGUGGGUGAAUAUUGAGAAAAUAAUGAGAGAACAAUCAAUUUUGAGGCUUACAACAAGAAAAUGUACUGGCUAUCAUUUAUUACAUGAUUAAAUUGUUCUACAUUAAUUUAUAAAUGGGAACCAAAUUUUUGUUUCUGCUA